GAUUGUAUAUUGAAAGUUGCAAGAGUUGGUAUUUCGUAAGGGCUGCUAUUUUCAUACCUUAUUUUAAUUACCACACCACAUUACAACCAUUACUGUAAUUGCUUUAUUUUCUCGCAGGGUCGAUAGUAAGUUACGUACACUGAAAAGAAUUUUGUUCCUGUGUAAAGAAUUUAAAAAUUAUGCAAAAAGUUUUAAAGUCUGAAGGCCUUUGCUGAAAGCUUUUCUCAAACCCUACCCCUAUACUCACACUGACUCAAGUUAGGGUGUCAUUGGGGGCUGUGCCAUUGAGAGCCCAGGGAGUUGCUGUCGUUUCAUUCAAGAGAGGUCACCUCUUUUUCAAGUUAACCAUAAGGAAGACAAAAUGGCUGCUGCAUCAGGAACCUUUGGGGGCUCUGGUCUUUUUGGAGCCGCAUCGUCAGGCACACCGGCAUUCGGAACAAAUAUUACCUCACAGCCAUCUUCAACUGGGUUUUCAUUUGGUGGUAUAAAGCCUACCACUACCAGCUCAGUAGGCUUCACAUUCGGAGCUUCCCAAACUCCUGCGUUAUCUUCUACUGGACAAACCAGUUUGGGUUUUGGAGGAUUUGGUACUAAACCUGCAGCUUCUGUUAGUGCAUUUUCUGCUACAGCAAGCACGACACAGUCUACACAGCCAACUGGAUUGGGUUUUCUUUCCACUGGUCUUAAUGCAGCGAGUACCAGCUCUACUCUCGGCGGAGGACUGUUUGGCGCGAAAAUGACUGUUGCCUCAUCUAUUCCAGCAGCACCAUUUCAGUUGUCGUCAGGAACUGGAUCGCUUUUUGGAAAUACAAGCUCGGCAUUAGGUUUGCAAAUGACAGCCGGUAAAACUACAUCUAAUGUAGGAGAAAAGGCUCCAGAGAAUCCAAAGGAUGAACAAGUUGCACAACCUUUGAUGCAGGUUUAUCAAGAAGUAAGCAAACAUAUCAAGGACCAAAGGGCCAAAAAAGAUGAAAUUGCAAGAUAUUCUGCAAAGCUGAUUUUAAAGGCUACUGAAGAAAUAGCUGCAUUAAAGCAGUCACUUGCUGAAGUUUCUAAUGGGAUGCAACGGGAUGCAGUUGGCAUAGAGGGCCUUAAGGGAGAUGUCACACAGGAAUUGAACAAUGCUUCUCUUGCAAGAAGGCUUCAUGAGAUUCCUGCAAGUUUCCAGCAUGACUAUUCUGCCCCAAUAGAAUACUUCUGUUCACUUGUGUUCUCUUUUGAAACCAGAGUCAAAUUAUACAGACAGCAGUUAGAUGAACUUGAAACAUAUUUAUCAGCCACUACUCCAGUCCAGAACUUUAAUCCACAAGAUCUUCUCAGUGUUUUGAGACAACUGAAUGAUACAUUUGUUGGUUUGGCAGCUCAACUACAAGGAAUACACGAGGCUGUCCAGUCAUUGAAGAGCAAGUAUCUGCAAUACAGAAGAGUGGUUUUGAACGACAACACAGAUAUCUUCGGAUACAAAUACCGCAAUGGUAGCAGAGAUGAUGGACAAAAAGGAAGUGGACCAUCGCCAUUUGCAGGACUAGCUGGGCCAUCUGCUGUAGCUAUGGCAGCCGCUUUGAACCAGACAACAACUGGUGGCCAAAGUACAGUUGUUGGCGGAUCGUUUGGAAUCAAUAAGAUAGGUCAAUCGUCGCUAGCUAAGAGCUCUGGUAUCUCCACCACUGGAAUGAGCAGGAGUCUAUCGUUCUCCGGGUUAUCAAGUCGAGGUGCUGGAACUUCACUAUCCCUAGGCACCGGUUCCUCAUUAAUUGGGUCUUCCCUUGGUUCUUCCUUGACGGGUUCUUUAUUUGCUAAACCUGGGUCAUCCACAACAUCGCAGUUUCAGCUGCAAAAUCCGCCCGGUACGAAACGAGGAAAGAAAGACUGAAGACUUGUUGUCGUAAAUUGAUCUUAGGUAGUCUUGCAGUUUGGUACUUGUAUUACCAUCCAGCAUCGGUGCUGGUGUCCAAUUGGCUUAAAGAUGAUCAUGAAGUUCUUACUGGGUUUGCCUCCGGUUAGUCUGCAUACGAAACAUCAUUAAGGUGACAUUUUAGUUUGUAGAACUUACAUAAUUAGCCUCUUGUUGUAAAAUUAGAUAAUGUUAAAUCUCAACUGGCAUGAGUUGGUUUUCAACCCACCCUCCUGUGUAGGGAAUACUUCCAGGUGUGAAUAGAAUAUGCAUAAUACUUGUUGCCAUUAUUUUUCUGUCAGUAUAGGGAGAAAAUAUUUCUAUUCUGUCGCAUCCUUCACAUUUGCAUCAUAUCUGAAUAAUCAUAUAUACGAAAUCAGUGCGUUAUCAGCUUUGUUCUCCUGCUUUCUAAUCAAUUCGACUGAUUGGAUUAGAUUUUUCUAAUUUAAUCUUAGAUUAGAUUAAGGAGGGUUCAUUUUUCUAUGCUCUUCCCGUUACCACAAAGAAUCCUUUUGCAUUUAUACCUAUGAUUGUUGCUUAACGCAGAUUUUGAUUUUGGAACAGGGGGGGAGAACGCUUUUUUGGACUUGUAAGGAUGGAAUCAAAGGAAUGAUUUAAAACAAGAGAGCUAGCAACAUAAAAAGAGGACGUAUCUUCGUUUUUAAAAAAAUAUUUCGAUUUUAAG